AUUUAAUUGAAAAGGAAAGUAUAUAGUACAACAAAUCGCCAACUAUUAUUACUGGAUUUAUUCAAUUGAGAACUUAUUCGAAACAAGGAAGCUAGAAAGGGUAAUUACACUUGGGCAAUUGAAUAGAAUAAGAUCGACAAGAAUCCCCUCGCUUUAAAUUUCCACACCCCCACAGACAGCCAGCAAUUGUAAAGAAUAUGGCGAGAUUCCACACACUUACUUGGGGAGUUGUGUUGGUGCUUCUUCUAAACCUAGCACCGGGCUAUGCGUUUGAACCCAAGGUCCACAAGACAGAAAAGAAAGAGGUGGCGGAGGCAUAUGCUUAUUUUGAUGAUUCAACAACCAUUCUCGCAUUGAGACAUAAGAAACUUGAGGUUUGGAAUGAUGAUGCUGAAACCUGGUCAAAUGUAGGAGCCACCAAGGAUGAAAAAAUCAUACACUUGGAAAUGGAUCCAUUUCUCAGAACGAGAGCCUUUGCGUUCACUACGGAUAAAAACCAAUAUGUGACAUAUGAUAAGGGAAAGAACUGGCACAAGUUCUCCAUAAAGAACAGCAAGAAAGAGCACGUGAAAAUCGACUCUAUUCCCAAGGUUAUCUUCAAUGCCAAGAACCCAAACUAUGCCUUGUUUGAGUUUUACACUUGUGCUAAGGGCCAAUCAUUUUCGGAACUGUGUGAACAUGUCUAUUUUUACACCAAGGAUGGCUUUAAAAAUGAUCCAAUUCCUAUGGAUGCCAAUGUAAAUGUUUGUACCUUUGUGAGAUCAUCUUCGAAAUUUAGUGCUGCAAAGGAUGAAACGAUAAUUUGUUCUAGAAAUAAACUUAAUUCAUUCGGUCAUGUUGUCCUGUCUGAGUUGGUUAGAUCAGAUAACUUUUUCAAAUCUGAAGAUGUUAUUCACCAUGUUCUUUCUAAAACUGGGAAGAUCAUUGACGUCCGUAUGGAACAAAAUUUCGCUACAGUUGUUGUUCAAAAUGAUAAAUUCAAUUCAAAGUCAACUGUGUCACUUUUAGUUUCUACUGAUGCAACUCUGUUUGAAUUGGCUGAUUUGACGAUUGAUAUUUCAUAUGGAGUGAUGAACUUUGUUGAUUCAUCACCUCUGUCAUUAUUUUUGGCAGUCAUGGAGUACACCAACAAGGAUAAGAAAUAUUCUCUCACCUCUCUCUAUUCUUCUGAUUCAUCUGGUUUGAAGUAUAAAAAAUUAAUGAGUCGUAUUAAAGGUGGAACAAUCAUGAAAGUACAAAAUACUGAUGGUGUUUGGUUCGUUGAUGUUGCUGAAUCGGGAGAAAGCGGAAAGGGUAAAGACACUGGAAAGGGUCUUCUUGAUAUGCUUUUAGGUGGAGGUGGUCCAAGUAAAAACACAAAGUCCAUGAUAUCCGUUGAUGAUGGACUCACUUGGCAAAAAUUGAAAUUGAAUGGUGAUGAAUCUUGUGACAUCAAAGAUGAUUGUUCUUUACAAUUAUUAUCUCCAGCUGAAAGAGAUGGAGAAGGUAAAAUGGUCACUGGGCCAACACCAGGAAUCUUGAUGGGUGUUGGUAACAAGGGUAAAUAUGCUCAACAAGACAUCUCCAAGAUGCAUACAUAUGUAUCUAGAGAUGGUGGUAUUUCUUGGGACUUUGCCUUGGAUGAACCAUGUGUAUUUUCAUUUGGUGAUGGUGGGAACAUCAUCGUCGCUAUUCCUUACUAUGACACUGAUUAUUCCACCACUGAUACUGUUUAUCACUCAUUGGAUCAAGGGAAAACUUGGAAGAGCUCGACUCUUGAAGUCCCAAUUUAUCCGCUCACUUUAACUACUACAGUAGAUGGAAGUUCUACCAAAUUCUUACUUACUGGUUUGGUCGAUAAGACUCCAGAAGUUAAGGGUGACUAUAAAUUUACAGAAAUCAUUUAUGCACUUGAUUAUUCAGGUGCAUUCAAAGGGAAGAAGUGUACUUCUAAAGAUUUUGAAGAUGUGUAUGCAAGAGUUGUUGAUGGUGAGCCCAGCUGUAUUUAUGGUCAUAAGGAAAAAUUUCAAAGAAGGAAGCAAGAUGCUGAAUGUUUUGUUGACAAAGUUUUCCUGGAUAUUGAAGUUAUUGAAGAGCCAUGCUCUUGUACUGAUGCAGACUUUGAAUGCGCUCCUGGUUUCACCUUGGAUAAAGAAGGUAAAACCUGUGUCGUCGAUGAAGUUGCAAUCACGACAUUGUGUGCCAAGGAGAAGAAGAAGGAACUCUCUAUUCCCUCAAAACAACUUGUGAAUGGAAAUAAAUGUAAGACGGAUGGAAAGAAACUAAGUGAUUUUGUAAAAACCGAGAAAAUCUCGUGUACUGAUACCCCAACAGGUGGAGAUGAGAAGACUCCUGCCGGGCAAAAAGUUACUUCUAAAAUCUCAAAAUUUGAAGGGCAAAUUGUGGAAUAUACAUACUUUGAUCCUACCGAGAAGUCUCCUAGUGAGAAUAUUAUUGUGAAAACAAAUGAUUACAAGGUUUUUGCUUCCAAUGAUGGGGGUGCUAGUUUCGUGCGCAUUCCAGUGGAUGACGAUAUUGUUGGUUAUGUCACUGGUUACAUUCCUGGUCAAGUUGUUUUGCUCACCAAAACGGAAGUUUUCUACGUUUCUACCGAUGGCGUAAAUUACUUCAACAAGUACAAGGCACCUUCUGUUCCUAACAGUGUCAGCUCUAGUAUUAUUUCAUUCCAUAAAGAUCUGACUGAUCAUUUUAUUUGGUAUGCUAGCGAGAAUUGCGAAGAUAAAUAUAGUGAAAAGUGUAAAGUCAUUGCUUAUCAUACUCAAGAUGGGGGUGAUACAUUCGAAGAAUUGAAAUCAGGGGUUCAAAAAUGUGACUAUGUGUCUCCAUUCUUUGGCGAUGUUGCAACUGCCAAUAACAAUACUAUAUUUUGUUCCCUCGAAGAUCGGAAGGCAAGAUCUUUGAGUUUAGUGAGUAGUACAAACUUUUUCAAAGAUACAAAGGAAGUUUUCGACAAUAUUGUUGGAUAUGCUAUUACUGGAGUUUUUGUGGUUGUUGCUACCAUUAAAGAUGAUAAAUCUUUGAUGGCUAAAGUGACGGUUGAUGGUUCUACUUUUGCAGACGCAGACUUUCCUGCUGAUUUCAAGAUCAGUCCAAGUCAAGCAUAUACUGUACUUGAUUCAGAAUCCCACUCUAUAUUUUUACAUGUCACCACUAACGGAAAAGAUGGGCAACAACUUGGAUCUAUUCUUAAAUCAAACUCCAAUGGAACCUCUUACGUUUUGUCCUUAGAUAAUGUCAACAGAAACGGAAUCGGCUACGUCGAUUAUGAUAGAAUUGAUGGCUUAGAAGGUACCAUCAUAGCUAAUACUGUUUCCAAUGUCGAUGACGUGUCUAAUAACCGUGAACCUAAAAGAUUGAAGACUCAAAUUACGCAUAACGAUGGGGGUGAAUGGCAAUUUAUUACCCCUCCGCAAAAGAGCUCAAAUGGUAAAAAAUACAGCUGUAUUGGGUCUCUGGUUGCAAAGUGCUCAUUGAAUUUGCAUGGAUUUACUGAAAGAGCAGAUUAUAGGGACACUUUCUCUUCUACCUCAGCUACUGGUCUUAUCAUUGGUGUUGGAAAUGUUGGUGAGUACUUGGAACAUUAUGAUAAAGCAGCCACCUUUUUGAGUAGAGAUGGUGGUAUUACAUGGCUGGAAAUUGCUUCUGGUGUUAACAUGUGGGAAUACGGAGACCAUGGUACGAUUUUAGUGAUUGUCCCAUCCACUGAGCCUACUGAUACUCUUAAGUAUUCCUUAGACGAAGGACUCACUUGGAUAGAUUUCAAGUUUGCCGAAGAACCAGUUAAAGUAUUAGACUUGGCUACCAUUCCUUCUGACACGUCCCGGAAAUUUGCUAUUUUUGCUGUAUCCAAGUCUGAUCAGAGUCAUACACUCUCCUAUUCUAUUGAUUUCACUAAUAUUCAUCAGAGACAAUGUCAAUUGGAUUUAGAUAAUCCAAAUAGUGAUGAUUACGACUUCUGGACUCCAAGACACCCCAACCUUCCUGACAACUGUCUCUUCGGGCAUGAAGCUCAAUACUUAAGGCGUGCAGUUGGUCAUAAUGAUUGUUUCAUUGGUAGUGCACCCUUGAAAGAAGGUUUCAAGACUAUCAGAAACUGUUCUUGUACAAGAAGAGAUUUUGAGUGUGACUAUAACUACUUUAGAGAUACUGAUGAUACAUGUAAAUUAGUUGCUGGUUUGUCCCCAACUGAUCGCCAAAAUGAGUAUUGCAAGAAAGAGAAUGCUUUUGAGUACCUUGUUCCUACUGGAUAUAGAAAAAUUCCAUUGUCAACAUGUGUCGGAGGUAAAUCUUUCGACAGUUGGGAUUCAAAGCCAUGCCCUGGUAAGGAAAAGGAAUUCAACAAGCAUUAUGGUAAAGAACUAUCUGGCACAAAGGCACUCUUGGUGUUGAUAAUUCCUCUCUUCGUAUUUUUAUUUUCCGUCUGGUUUGUGUACGAUAGAGGUAUUCGUCGUAAUGGUGGUUUUAAACGACUUGGCCAAAUCAGAUUAGAUACAGAGGACGACGAUUUUCAGCCUAUAGAAAACAAUGCAGUUGAUGUUGUAGUUAACAAAAUUGUUAGCGGUGGUAUUUUUGCUGUUGCAGGAGGUAUCGCACUUUUCAAGACUUUAAGGAAAGUGGAUAAGUUGAUGUUUGAUAAAUUAGUCUCACUGAUUUUCCGUCGUGGAGUUAGUCGUAGAAAUUAUGUCCAUGUUCCUGAUAUUGACGACGACGAAGAAUUGUUUAACGAUUUCCGCGAUGACUACGAGCUGGGAUUACCUGAUGAUGAUGGCCAUUUCCGAGAUGAAGAAGAUCUUUCGGAAUUCCAAAGUAAUGACCAGGAUGCCACGGAAGUUGACUCAAGAUUAUUCAAUAUUGAUGAUCAAUCUGAUGAUGACCUUUCCAGCGGCCGUUAGAGAUGAGAUCUACAUAGAUAAAAAUAAAUGUUAAAGGUAUUUA